UGCCGGACGGCCGCCGCGGGGCUUCCGGCGCGCGGGAUCCGCGCGGCAUCCGCUGGCUUCGGACCCGAAUAUAUCACCACUUUCUACAACUGAUUUCUCUUCUCUUAAACUUGGACCACAGGCUCUUUUCUACAUUUUCAAAGCGCCGUGUUGCUCUUCCUGAAAUGAGUUUGGUGCUUAGAAAUCUGCAGCGAGCUGUGCCCAUCAGGAGGGCGCCCCUUCGCAAGAAGAUGGAGAUUGUGAGGAGUAUAUUAGGGGUGCAGAAAUUCGACCUGGGGAUCAUCUGUGUUGACAACAAGAAUAUUCAGCACAUCAAUAGAAUCUACAGAGAGAAAAACAUCCCAACUGAUGUGCUUUCCUUUCCAUUUCAUGAGAAUAUAAAAGCAGGGGAACUUCCCCAGCCUGAUUUUCAAGAUGACUACAAUUUGGGUGACAUUUUCCUAGGAGUGGAGUAUAUCUUCCAGCAGUGCAAAGGACAUGAGGACUACUAUGACAUCCUUACUGUGACUGCCACCCAUGGGCUCUGUCACCUGCUGGGCUUCACACACAGCACAGAGGCGGAGUGGCAGGAGAUGUACCAGAAGGAGAAGCAGGUUCUCGAGGAGCUGAGCCGGCGCACCGGGACCAGGCUCCAGCCUCUGAGCAGAGGCCUCUUCUGAUGAUGCUGGAGGCCCAGCAGCCGGGUGGCACCCAAGGAAUUCUCCAGAGCACAGAGACACCAUGUGAACAGCAGAUAGACCCUCCCUUUCAGGCCCUGAGGACCAGGGACUCCACCAAACUGAGGGCCCUGCUGGUCACUGCUGCCCUGUGGGGCCACAGGAGUGACACAGACUCGGGGGCAAAAUUACACAAGUGGAACCUGACUGUUUUGUGAAAGUAUAAAAGAAAUGUGCAUUCCUUUUUUCAUUUAGAACCUAGCAAACAUAUUUUCAGUAUUGCAGAUAAAGUAGUUCUAAGCUUUUAGGAUGCAGAGUUGGAGCACAGGACCUUCAUCCCUUGGGGUUCUGC